GCUGCGGUUGGGCGCUUGUUCUGCACCCUCCCGCCCCGCUCCCUUCGGCGCUUCGGCGCACCCCCUCGCUGCCCCUCCGUGCGACUCCCCGUCAUGGCGGCUCUCAGCAAGUCCAUCCCUCAUAACUGCUACGAGAUCGGCCACACUUGGCACCCUUCCUGCGGGGUCUCCUUCGUGCAGAUCACCAGGGGCGCCCUGGAGGAGUCCCUGAAGAUCUACGCUCCCCUGUACUUGAUUGCAGCAAUUCUCCGGAAACGAAAAUUAGACUAUUAUUUACACAAACUACUCCCUGAGAUCCUACAAUCUGCUUCAUUUCUGACUGCUAAUGGGGCCUUGUAUAUGGCUUUCUUUUGCAUUUUAAGGAAGAUACUUGGAAAAUUCUACUCUUGGAGUCCUGGCUUUGGUGCCGCUUUGCCAGCAUCUUAUGUGGCCAUUCUAAUUGAAAGAAAAAGCAGGAGAGGGCUGCUCACAAUUUAUAUGGCCAACUUGGCCACAGAAACACUAUUUAGAAUGGCAGUAGCAAGAGGAACCAUCACAACAUUAAGAAAUGGAGAAGUCCUUUUGUUCUGCAUCACAGCUGCCAUGUACAUGUUCUUUUUCAGGUGCAAAGAUGGUUUGAAAGGAUUUACAUUCUCUGCUCUUAGGUUUAUUGUAGGGAGGGAAGAAAUUCCCACACAUUCUUACUCACCAGAAGCAGCAUAUGCAAAAGUGGAACAAAAGACAGAGAAACAUGAAGAAAAGCCAAGAAGAUUGAAUAUAAUUGCUCUAAUCAGGAAACUUGUGGAUUCAGUAUGUAAGCAUGGACCAAGGCAUAGGUGUUGCAAACACUAUGAAGAUAAUUGCAUCUCUUAUUGCAUUAAAGGUUUCAUCAGAAUGUUUAGCGUGGGAUACUUGAUCCAGUGCUGCCUCAGAAUCCCCUCUGCAUUCAGGCAUCUGUUUACACAGCCAUCCCGGCUAUUUUCUCUCUUCUACAAUAAAGAAAACUUCCAGCUCGGAGCUUUUCUGGGCUCUUUUGUUAGUAUAUACAAGGGUACUAGUUGCUUCCUGCGCUGGGUCAGAAACCUGGAUGAUGAACUGCAUGCUAUUAUAGCUGGAUUUUUGGCAGGAGUAUCAAUGAUGUUUUAUAAAAGUACAACAAUUUCCAUGUAUUUAGCUUCCAAAUUGGUGGAGACAAUGUAUUUCAAAGGCAUUGAAGCAGGAAAGGUUCCCUAUUUUCCCCAUGCAGAUACUAUCAUCUAUUCCAUCUCUACAGCAAUUUGCUUCCAGGCAGCUGUCAUGGAAGUUCAGACCUUGCGGCCGUCUUACUGGAAGUUCCUUUUAAGGCUCACCAAGGGCAAAUUUGCUGUCAUGAACCGAAAAGUCCUUGAUGUUUUUGGUACUGGUGCAUCUAAACACUUUCAGGAUUUUAUCCCUAGGUUGGAUCCAAGAUAUACGACUGUAACACCAGAGUUGCCCAUCGAGUUUUCUUGAAGAUGACUGUAAUUUAUUAAUGUGACCUAAUGUUUCAUUAUUUUCUUUUGAAGAGUUAAUUAUGUUGAGUCACAAAGACGGAGUCUUGAGCUUGAACUUCAGUGUUAUUUCAAUGAGAGAUGCUCUUUGUUUUUCUUACCAAUCAGAAGUACAGAAGCUUUUUAGGAAGGUGUUGCUUAAUAAUUAAGCGCCCUUCCAUAGCCAGAACCUGAUUCUGGGUCGCUAUAGUGGUUGACAUGAUGCUAUAUUAUUGAUUAAGUUAUGUCCACAAGCAACCUUAAAUAAUCUAUGUAGAAAUGUAGUAACAAAUAAGAGUAUACGUAAAAUUACUUUAAAAGAUGUUUUUAGUUCAUUCCAAUAUAAUUCUUGGUUAAAACUAAGAAUAUUUCUAUGUGUUAGGAUCACGGGUACAUGGAUUUGGUCUGUAUUUUUUUUUACUUUUGAAUUGGUAACUAUAGUAGUUAAAUGUAUGGAUAUGAAGUAACUCUUCACAGAUAAUGCUGCUUUAGUA